AUGUCACAUAGUUCAAAUAUUAAUAUAAAAUGGCUAAAGGGAAAGCAAUUGCAAGAAGAAUUAGAAAAUCAGAAAAUAAUAGUAGAUAAAAGAGAAAAUCAUGCUGGAAUGAUAAGAACUUUAGAAUAUGAAAUAGCAAAAGAAACACAGUCUAAAAAAAUUGGUAGAUUUACAAAUGUGAUUUGA